CUCCAGCCUGUUUCUACACUGAAAGAUGUCAGCUUUUUCCACAUCUUGUAAAACUGUCCAUAUGUCACCUUCACCCUCAUCCACAGAACACACCUGUGAAUCUGUUGGGUUGAUUUUGAGCCAAGGUGGUUUUUUGACACAUGAUCAGGGCCAGGUGUUAGGUACUGAGCUUGGUCUCAUGGAGAUGACAGAAGUUGAAUACACACACCUCCAACACUUCAUCCAAGCAGAUAUGGACAUGCAAGCAGCUGCUUCAGAUGGACCAGAUGGCAGAUCUUACUCAGAUACAGUGAUUACUAAAGAUGCCCCUGGAUCCGCAGUUGUCUCUCUGUUCUCCACCGCUGAAGCUAUUGACCUAUCAACUUCGACUGAUGAACACAAUCUGGUGAUGCCAGGAGAAAGGACACCUUCCUCUUCUGGCAAGGUCCCAAGCUUUGUGUUGGCCAAAAUCAGGGAUGAUGAUAGUCAGAAUGAACCACCUGCCAACAUUAAUAUGUCUUCUCCAAAACGAACUUGCUCUGCUGCCAGAGUUUGCCUCGAAAAAAGGUUUAACUCCAUUUGUGCUGACACUCCAAAGCAGCAAGAUGUUCAGGCAGCAGUUCUUAGCAAUUGUUUGGCAAUCCUUCAACAGUCUGCUGGGGCUCAAGACACAGACAAACAUCCUCAAAAACAGAAGUGGAUGAAAACUGACAGGACAAAUGCCUUUGAGACUUCCAGCCCAUAUGUAGGUGGCUUCUACAAUCCAGUCACCAACAUGUUUGGACAAGUGAUUGGCCAUAUCCCUCAGAUGGGUGACCCUAAAAUGCAUCAGAGUUUGAUCAUCAACAGUUUUCCUUUAAAUAUUUGCCCAGAGACAGUCCUUGCAAAAGCUCACUGUGCCCCUAGCAGCAACAUAAUGGACAAGCAACAGUCAGCCAAAAGAGAAGGUACAACAUUAGUUUUAGGCUCAUACAGUCUUAUAUUUUUUGUAGAUGAAAUCCCCACACUUGCUGCAUCUAGAAAGCAUGGUAGUGCCCAAAGCGCCAAAGCCAUCAGUGCUGCUAAAGUUGCUCCAGAUUUAGCAGGAGAAUCAGGGAAGAAGGCCAGGAAAAGAGUGCAACGUAAUGUGUCACAUAGGGAGCGCAGGGAGAGACACAACAGUAAGGAGAGAGAACGCAGGAGGAGGAUCCGUUUGUUUUGUGAUGAGUUGAACACACUGGUUCCAUUCUGUUACUUAGACACUGACAAAGCCACCACCCUGCAGUGGACCACUGCCUACCUUAAAUACAUCAACAAAAUGCAUGGAGAUACCAUCAAAGAGGAGUUUGAGAAGUUGUACAGAGACAAGAAAGACCUGAAGUCCAGCUCUUCUGAACUGGAGCAAAUCCACCAGGAGAUGGAUGAGACCCUGAGCAUCCCUUUGGCAGCAGAACAGUGAUCACUGUGGUUUUUAAUCUGUUUACCUGAUUACCUGGAUGUUAGUUAAAUUCAGUACAUUUUGAAUGAUAAAAAAAGUUUUCUUUUUAGAGGAGUAAUGCCUGUGACUUUAAAGUGUCCAUAUCUGACCGUAUGAUUCUCAAACAGGGCUGGAUUUCUUCUACUGGGGCUUAAAAUCCCAAUAACUUGACACAUUUCUCCCACUUGUGUAUUUUUGAUCAAGUGGUAGAAAAGACUUUAAUCUCUGUCACAUACAGGUGGCAGUGUUUCCCUUUGAAAACAACUAAUAUAUUCCCUGAAUGAUUAAAUGCAAUACAC